AUGUUCUCAACAGCCGCUAUUGCUCUCUCGUCUACACUGGCAGCAUGGCUUCUUUACAGAGCCCUGCUACAAAAACUUUAUCCUUCGGUUCUGCCAGGCGUUCCCCACAAUGCCGUUCAUGCAAAGCAUCUCCUCGGGGACCUGCCCGCAAUAGACGAAUACGUUUCCAAAAACGGGUGCACGAAAAGCGAGGCCACGUUCGACACGAUCAACCGCGGUACUACCAACUUCCCGAUAGCGCAGAUGCUCACACCCAACAUCAUGCCCCACGCCAUCUUGACAGUCGAUGACCCGCGAGAGGUGGAGGAUAUUCUGCGCAGGCGAGCCAAGGAAUUCGACCGCUCCUCCAUGACGGCUGCGUUCUUCAAGUCUCUGCUGCCAAAGGCUACCAUUUCUCUAUUCACCACCCCAGAGCUCAAAGUCCAGAAGAAGCUGUGGGCCGAUUCCAUCACCUCGGACUUUGUCAAAAACGUGGUCGCUCCGCACGCCUACCGCGCCGCGAACCGGCUUGUCGAGCUCUGGCGCCUCAAGGCGGGCAGCGAAUUCCAAGCUCAGCCCGACCUGAUCGACGCCAUGAUGGACCUGAUGUGGGCGACCGUCCUGGGCAGCGACCUGGGGGUGACGAGCAGCAAGCUGGCAGCCACCGCGGCCGGCAUCCGAGCACAAGACCCUGGCCAGCUGGAAAAAGCCGCGUCCACCUCCCGCGAAAUGUUUUUCAACGUGACGUCCUUCCUGGAGGGCGAAAGUUCAUACAUACGAGCAGGGUUGGAGCCGUUGCGGACAAGAGUGAUACAGUUUUUGCCCCGCUACCACCGCGUCCGAAAGAGCAUGAAUCAGGAGAUGGGGAAUCUGAUCUCGAUGGCGCGCGGGAGGCGGGGGCAUGAGCGGGACGGGACCGAGGGCGGAGUCGCCUGUGCCAUGGAUCUUGUCCUCGAGCGGGAACUCCAGCUUGCCGAGAAGGGCAAUUCCGUCGCGGCGACAAACCUUGAGCAGGAGCUGAUGCUUUUUAUGAUUGCGGGGAUAGACUCGACAGCGUUUACUCUUGCCUGGUGUGUCAAGCUGCUGACAAAGCACCAGCAGGUCCAGCAAGAGUUGCGAGAUGGUCUCGUGGAGGCCUUUGGCGUUGGCGACAAUGCACAGGCACUUCCAUCUCCCCAAGACAUGGCCAGCAGGGAUAUUCCCUACCUCGACGCAUUCAUCCAUGAGACGCUGCGCAUGGCAAACACGGCAGGAUCCGUGGUGCGCCGCGCCACGACGAACACGGUCGUCCUUGGAUGCUCUAUACCUGCCGGCACCGAACUCGUCUUGAACACGAGGGUUCUCAAGACCCCGAUCCCCGUUGACGAAUCACUCAGAAGCGCCACCUGUCGAGAGGCGCAGGCAAAGCGGCCCCGAGGUGGCAUAGAGGGCCCCAGCGGCCACAACCUGGAAGCCUUCAAUCCUCGCCGAUGGCUUCACCCUCAGCCGGAAGGCCGGGAUGUCUUUGACCCCGAGGCACUGCCGACCUUGGUCUUUAGUCACGGAACCAGAGGCUGCUUUGGGAAACGACUUGCAAUGUUGGAUCUGCGGGUUUUCAUCAUCGUGCUUGUUUUGGAGUUUAGGUUUAUGCCGAUCCCCGAAAAUCGAAAUGACUGGUCAGCAGAGGAAGGCAUUUUCAGAUCUCCGUUGCAGUCUCCAGUCAAACUGUCAACCUAUGACUAG